AUUUAUUAUUUUGAAAAAAAAAAUCACGAACACAUACGCUCACUCAAGUCCCAAAAUUCCAAAACCCACAGACCGCCAUAUCGCUGAUUGUCUUUGUCUAUCUCAUUGAGUCAGUGUGUAAUAAUUUGUCUUAAAAUACCCAAAAAUCCAGGCCCAAACCCCCAUAUUUACUCUUCCAAUCACCCUGUGUUGUGAUUUCACCUGGCGACUGAUUGAUUUAAUUUUGGGGUUGGGUGUUUUUGGAAUGAAAUUGAAUUUGAAUUGAAAUGAACAGAGGAAAGAACAAGUUUGAAACCUUCAACUCCGUCCCUGCGUAGUAAGUGGAGGAACAAAUAGAGGAGGAAGAGAGGAGGCGGCGCGUGUAGGCUGCUAUCAUGGCGAAGCGCGUGUAUGAAGUGUGGAAAGGAAGUAAUAAGUUCAUCCUUGGUGGGAGGUUGAUAUUUGGACCUGAUGCUCGGUCAUUAAUUGUCACAUUAUUGCUGAUCAUUGUUCCAGUAGUAAUCUUUUGUGUAUUUGUUGCGAGGCAUCUUCGACAUGCAUUCUCUCCACAUAAUGCAGGAUAUGCAGUCCUAGUGGUAGCAAUUGUCUUCACUAUCUAUGUGCUGGUUCUUCUCUUUCUAACAUCAGCCCGGGACCCUGGUGUUAUUCCACGUAAUUCUCAUCCACCAGAAGAAGAGUUCCGCUAUGAUACUUCUAUGUCAGCUGAGAUUGGAGGAAGACAAACACCAAGUCUUCAGUUCCCUCGGACAAAGGAAGUUAUGGUUAAUGGGAUUCCUGUUCGAGUGAAGUAUUGUGACACGUGCAUGCUUUACCGGCCUCCCCGUUGCUCACAUUGUUCCAUUUGUAACAACUGUGUGGAACGAUUUGAUCAUCAUUGCCCUUGGGUGGGCCAAUGCAUUGGUUUGCGCAACUACCGUUACUUCUUCAUGUUUGUUUCAUCAUCAACUCUUCUUUGUAUCUAUGUGUUCGCCAUGUCAGCCUUGUACAUUAAAAUUUUAAUGGAUGAUUAUCAAAGCACAGUCUGGAGGGCAAUGAAAGAAUCGCCUGCAUCUGUCAUUCUGAUGGCCUAUUGUUUUAUAUCCCUCUGGUUCGUCGGUGGACUUACUGGCUUCCAUUUGUACCUCAUUGGCUCAAACCAGACUACCUAUGAAAAUUUCCGGUACAGAGCAGACAACAGGAUCAAUGUGUACAACUUGGGUUGUGUUGAUAAUUUUCUUGAAGUAUUUUGCACGAAGGUUAAGCCCUCGAAGAACAACUUCCGGGCUUUUGUUCAAGAGGAGGUACCAAGGCCCAUUUUGCCCAGCACUCGGGAAGCAGAAGCAGAAGCAGGAGCAGGAGCAGAAGAUUUAGGCGGGGAUCCACGUACAAAGGUCGAAGAUGAUCUAGAGAUUGGUGAAGAUCUAUUGAAAAUUUCCCAACGACGUAACAUUGAAGAAAUUGACGAGGACAUACGCAGCAGAGGGAGUAAUGGGCCUCCACAUAACACCUCAGAAAUGGACUCAGUUCUGAAUUCAGAUCAUCGAGCCCCCACAAUUCGACCAGACACUCGACACUCCAGUUGGGGAAGGAGAAGUGGGAGCUGGGAAAUUGCUCCAGAGGUCCUUGCCAAUUCUAAUGUCACUGAAAGCAGAAGCUACGUCACCCCGAAGGAACCGCGGCAAUGAUGAUAGGUAGUUCUGUUUAUCUGCUGAUCUUAGACUGGCAUCUACAUGGGCGAUUGAAAAUUGUUUUUGAUGCUCUCUUCCUGUUAUUGAAGGAAGUUGCUUUUGAUUAGAUACCUACAAUUAUCUAAUGGGAACCGAAAACUGUUCCCGGUUUUUAGGCAUGAGGGCUAGUGUUGUCUUUUCGCUGGGUUUGCAGUCAAUAGGAAUGUGUUUGUAAUUGUUUUGAGGAGAUAAGAGGAUACUGUUUUUUUUGUUUUUUUUUCUGGUUCUUCUAAAUUCUUAGACACCUAUAACCUUGGAUUGAAUCUGUAGUGCUGGCUUUAUUCUUUCUGUAAAUAAUUACUAAAAGACUUGAAACUGAUCCCAUCAUUUUAGUGUGGUGAA